AUGAGAACUCUGGAAGUAGAUCCUGCCUUGAGAAUUAGUACUUCAGAUUUGUUUCAUCACCCUUUUGUUUGCGAAGAAAAUAUGGCUGCUAAAUUAUUAGAAGAUAUCAAAAAAGAAGAAAAUAAAAGUAAUUAGAAUUAGGAACCUGAAGUUAAUAUCUAGAUAACAGAUAAUAAAAGUAAGUUUAGUGCAAAUGGUAACACUAUAAUAAGUAAUAAUUCUGCAUUUAAAAAAUGA